AUGGACAGAAUAAUCAUCCAAGACUCCUUCCAGGAGGUUAUAGAAGACGUUUAUAAUGGGGUCAAUGACUCAGAUUCGUUCUGGGUUUCUAGAAUCGUCCCUGGAGUAGAAACUUCACAAGAGUUCCGAAUCAAUGUCAAUGAUGAGAGCAACCAGUUCCAUGGUGAUAAUGGAGUUCAAUUUAAUCAGAUUUCACCAGAUAAAUAUGAAUUGAAAGUGGAUCAAGAUAAUGAAUAUCUUCUUCAAACUCCAUUUAGUAGAUUCUCUAAAAAUUUACUUGACAUAACUGCAGUGGCAUUGUCUCCCGAUGGGAAACUUGUGGCCAUUGGACAUUCAAAUGGAAGGUUAAAAGUGAUGGAUACCUGGACCGAAAAAGUCGUCCUUUCAAUAGAACAAGCUCAUUUUGCAGAUAUCACCAGCUUAAAGUUUUUCUCCUCUGGUAAGGUGAUUUGCUCCGGUUCCAUAGAUAUGCAAAUAAAGCUUUGGUCGGUGGAGAAAGGGACUAAUCCGAGAAGUAUGGUGGGCCACACCCUGGCGGUAACACAACUCAUCUUACUUGGCUCCACCGGUCGGAAUUUCUUGAGUAGUUCCACCGAUGGGUCUGUUAGACUCUGGGAAUGUGGUAGUGGAUCCAAUAUCCAUACAUUCCGUCGUGUUGUUGAUAUGAAUGAUGAAGCAUUGUCAAUGUCAAUUACCAAAAGAGAAACUUCAACUACUACUACUACUACUACUACCAAUUCUUCGAAAGAGCUCCAAUUUGAAACCAAGGGUUAUUAUGUCUAUGUUGGUUACUCGUCUGGAAAUAUCCAACAAUAUGAUGUUGAUGAUCUUCUGCAAACAAAAGUCAAGUUCCCCAGUAUAAAUGGCUCCUCGGUGACAUCUCUAGAUGUAAUUACCUUGGAAGAGGACUUGGUAAUUGCUGGAUAUCUGGAUGGAAUAUUAAGAAUAUGGAGAGAUAAUAAAGUUUGGUUUGAAUUGAGAGUUGAUGGAGAGGAUCAAGAAAUUACGAAAAUACACUCCUCUCUAUGCCAAUCGACAAACUCAUUAAAAGUCUUGGUUUGUCAUGGAGAUUUGAUCAAAUUAAAUAUAAAUCUUCAACUGGGUGAAUUGAUAGGUGUUGAAUAUCUCGUUGGCAUGGAACAAAUCAAAGACAUUGAUUUAAAGAGUAAAGUGUUGAUGGCGGGGGGUCACGAGGGAGUCAUUAAAUACAUAAACUAG